AUGGGUUCAGGUCGACCUGCAAAGAAAGCUGGGGAGGCACCAGCCCCACUUUGUACGCGCACCACAAGUGGACGACACGAUUCCUUCGGAUCAGACACGUCCUACACAUACGAAUUGACAAGCGAGCCCCACAAGAAGCGCUCUUCAAGCUCGUACCACGACAGAGUCACUCCGAGCCGCAAGUCUUCGUCCAGCUCGAGCAAGUCGACACACGCAUUGUGGCCGCCACUCAAACCAAUGGCUACUCGGCGGGUUCUCUGUGACGGAAACCAUCAAGUCGGCGUUGAAGAAAGAAUGAUCUACAUCGAAGCAUUCUCCGCAGUACAUUUAGAGGGCGGGUAUAGGAUAGUUCUUUUACUGCCUCAAGUCGGUAUUCAUCCUUGGAAAUUCUGGCAAGCACAGUCAUAUACCUAUCUCAGCUUAUGUAAAGUCUACAUAGUAGUUCUGAAGGGUAUCAAUUACAUAGGUAGUGCUCAGGUAGUCGCUGCCAAUUUCCAUCAAAUGAGAACGGCCUGGCGCAUCGAUCGUCAAACCUCACAUAUGUGCACAGAGCCUACCAAAGUUCAUGUCCUUGAUCUUCGUCCCGAGUUGAAGGCCGAACCAGAGUUCAGCCCCAUCCUGGAACUGUCGAAGCUCAAUUGA